UUCUCGCCCUGCGUCUCACUACAGUCUCAACUCGCUGCAAGCUCGCGCUGUCGGCCUGUUCUUCAUGCGUUUGUUUGGCUUGUCAAGCAGAAGUAUGGGCUCAGUGGAUCGGACAUUGGCCUUGGAUUAUGCUGCCGUUCCAGCCGACCAGAAUGAUGCAGGAUUCGGUUGUUCUCCUGCUUUAUAAAAGCAAACCUCGGGAAUGAGCACUUCUGCUUCUUCGCUCGUGUUUUAUUCGCCAGGGCUGAGCGUAGGCUAUAUGGGACAGUAGCGAGCCUAACAGCUUUAACAGCCUUCUUUUGUAGACAAAAGAAGGCUGCGAAGUAAUAUUCACAAAUUCAAGAGGUUGUCUCCAAUCUAUGGAGAAAGCGGGCAAGAUGUGGGGUAACCUCAGGAGUAGAUGCCAAGCCCUCUUCAACAAGGAUGGCACAGAGUCCAGUCUGUGCAGCCAGGACUUGGAUUGUGUUCACUGUGUGGUGGACUUGGGCAGGGGAGCACAUGCAGAACCCUAUGAAACUAGGUCUUCCACACCCUCACGGACUUUGUCACCAAUCCCACUGGUUACUGGAAGACGCAGAGGCCAUAACUGUGUGGCAGAUAUACCCCAGAUAGUAGAAAUCUCCAUUGACAAAGAAAGCGAUGAUGCAAGGAGGGCCCCCCUUGUGCGUAGGGACUCCUACUCGCGUCAUGCUCCCUGGGGAGGUAAAAAGAAACAUUCUUGCUCAACUAAAACACAAAGUUCACUUGAGGCUGACAGGCGAAUGGGACGCUCAAGAGGAAGUACAGCCAGGAGAGAGCGCCGUUAUGGAGUUAGCUCCAUCCAAGAGAUUAAUGAUUCUGUAGGAGCUGGCAGCAGUGGGCGCAGCCUUAGUAACCGUUCUCUGCGGCAGCGACUUCGAGACACCGUAGGCUUGUGCCUUCCUCUCACCACGCACAGCCGCUCUCAGUCAGCCAAAGGCCAGGUGUCCUCCAAACGUAAGAUCCACCUGACGGAACUGAUGCUUGAAACAUGCCCUUUCCCACCCGGUUCAGAUCUAGCCAACAAGUGGCACUUAAUUAAGCAACAUACAGCACCAGUCAGCCCUCAUUCCUCAACUGCUCUUUUGGAUGCAUUUGAUUCAGCACAUUCUUCCCCUGAGGAUGAGGAGGAGAGACUGCGUGAACGGCGUAGACUUAGCAUAGAGGAAGGAGUGGAUCCCCCUCCAAAUGCCCAGAUCCAUACACUGGAGGCAACUUCACAGACCUCUUCCCUCUAUAAACUGGGACCAAAGAUGGCUCCUGUUGUUGGGGACGGACUUGUGGAGGGCAGGAGCCUGGGAACAGUCUCCUCCAUUUCUGGGGGGUUAUCGGGAAUUGCCGCACAAGUUGCAGCGAGUUUGGCAGUGCCAUCUCACACUGUUGACUGUGACUCUGAGGAGGACUCAACUACCCUUUGCUUACAGACACGAAGGCCCAAGCAGAGGCAUGCCUCUGGAGACACCCACUGCUCCAGACAGCCAGGGCCUUGGAAGGUCCACACACAGAUUGACUAUAUCCAUUGUUUGGUUCCUGACCUACAGGCCAUAACUGCACUUCCUUGCUAUUGGGGGGUGAUGGACCGGUACCAAGCAGAGGCACUGCUGGACGGACGGCCAGAAGGAACCUUUCUGCUACGUGACUCUGCACAGGAGGACUACUUAUUCUCCGUUAGUUUUCGACGCUACAAUCGUUCACUGCAUGCACGCAUUGAACAAUGGAAUCACAACUUUAGUUUUGAUGCGCAUGACCCCUGUGUCUUCCACUCCUCCACGGUAACAGGCCUGCUUGAGCACUAUAAAGACCCCAGUGCCUGUAUGUUCUUUGAGCCCCUGCUCACUGCUCCCUUACACCGGACUUUCCCUUUCAGCCUUCAGCACCUGGCGCGCGCCGCCAUCUGCAGAUGCACCACCUACGAUGGCAUUGGGGCCUUGCCAUUGCCUCCAACCAUGCAGGACUUCCUCAAAGAGUAUCACUACAAACAGAAAGUCCGUGUGCGCUGGCUAGAGAGAGAGCCGCCAUUCAAGGUCAAAUGAGGUCUGGUUCUGUGCCGAGAAAGGCAGGAGUGUGGGCAAGAGCUUUUCCGCCAGAGGAGUCUGUGUCUCAUAUUAUCAAUCAAACUGCUGGCUUUAGAAACAAGGCAAAAGGGGAUGUUAUGAACUUCCGGCAGUUUAAUCCUGCAAAUACCACACAUGGAAUCCAUACAUAUGAUUCAAUGCAGUACAUUCUGUCAAGCUAGCUUAUGUGCUGAAGUGUUGAGCAUGCUGAGAAUGAGACGGUCUUAUUCUCUCUGCUCUUUUUCAUAUGACCUUAUAUCCAGUAGAUCUUCACUAGCAUGCCUCCUGCAUUUUAUCUUCUAGUGUUUUACGCUAUUUUGAGCAGGUUAACUGAGUGUUGUUUUAUUAAUUAGCCUAAUUUGUGAGGCAAAAGGAUGAAAUCUAUAUUAGCUAAGUCCAGUGAUUAAAAUAUAUUCAUCAAAUAAUCUUGGAACUCUUGAUAACCUGGAUAUCUGCUACUAUCUAAAACUUAAUGUUAAACAUCUAGACACGUUAACUAUAUGACUAUUUGCUAAAUAAUGGCUAAUUUAUCAACAAUAUCGUCAAGAUGCUUUACAGCACCCUCCUACAAGUGUUAAGUUCCCAGAGACAGCACUUGUUGAGCCUUGUGUACGAGGACUGAAUCACAGUUAUACAUGCACUUCUCAGAACUAAGCAUGUUUUAUUUUUUUAAAUCAAGGCAGACAGAAGUGAAAGGCAUGAAUAAAUUGUCUGAGGAGGAAGGAGCUACUAUAUGCAAAAAGCUACUUUUUCCUUUUACCCAGUGGCCCUAGAGUGGGAACACGGGCACAGUUCAUCAUGUGCCAUAUGAUAGAAAGGACAGAUUAUUUAAUUCUGGGCCCUCCUGUAGUGUCAUAUCGUAACAUAAUUCUUGUUUUAAACAAUCUAUUUCAUCUAAUUCUAUUUUCCAUUUUUAUCAUUGACAGUCUAAAAUGACAUUUUAAUGGGCACUUUAAUUGUUGUUUGCAUACCACACAAUGACUUAAAGACUCAAGUACAUGCAUUGGUUGUCUGUAAUUUUUUAUUUUUUUUUUUAUGGACGUUAUUCAUAGGAUGUCAGUUUAAUCCCCCAUUUUCCCAGCACGAGUCACCCGAAGUUUAUGUUAGUGUCAAGUAUCUCUUACCUUGCCUGUGCAUAUGGUAUUUGCUCAAAGCUAUAUUUUAGCUAACAUGGUUAUGCAACAACCGGAAAUGGACCAAGAAAGUCCUCUGUAAAACUUGUAUAGAUGCCUCUAAGAUUAUUUUCCCUUGGAACACAAAUGCCAUUUCUGCGUAUAUAUUUUGUUUGUUGGAUUGAUGUCCAGUUCUGUUAUAAAGUGUGGUGUUUCACUUGAUAAUGUUGCACUUUUAUUCAUUAUGAAGCAUGCGGCUAUGCUUCCCUUGUCAUAAUUGUGUGCACUAGUGACUGAGAUUCCCUGAACACUGUAAACAACAUAGUUCUAAAACUCUAUACUUUUGAUGUUCUUGGCUUUACACACAAGUUUCAUUUAAGGCCAACAAAUUCAUGCUCAUGUUUAAUAUCAGAUAUUCAGCAUUGCAAUGGUAGACUUAAGUUUCAGGCAGACGUCAGGCCAUGCAUAAUUAUGUAAAACUGAUUUAGCAGAAUUUUGAUGAUCAGUGACCAAAGGUGUGUAUCUCUAGGUUGUUGUUGUGAAUGAGAAAUCUUCCACCAUGCCUCUUGAUUAUUUAUAUUGAGCUCAAUCGCUUAAUUAAUAGUGUCCAGUUUUCUGGCAGAAUAGCGCCCAUUUUGAAGCCAUUUAUUUGAACUGCAAUUAAAUUAUUUCAGAACAUGCCUCAGUUGUCGCUGAAAGGAAGUAAUUUUGUUAAUUUAAGAAAAACAAUCUCUCUAUUUUUCCACUUUAAUGUCCUGAAUUAAAAGUCAAAACAACCAUCUUAAAAUUUCUUCCACCCUGCACACUGUAUGCUCUGUAUACAGGCUCAUGUUAUGUCAACUGUACAUGUCAGAUGAUGUCAUCUGCUUUUAAGACUUUAGCUUUGAGAAUAAUAUACCUUUCAUUGAAUCUACAGACAGAGCACUUAACCACCGCUAGCAGUUUCUCAGCUUCUCCCGAGCCUAGCCUGCUGAAGAAAAACCAUCUGAAACCAGCCUAAGCCGGUUUGCUGGUUUUAAUUGGUCUCCCAUGUUGUAGGCACUUUUCUUCUGGUCAGGCUGGGAGACCAGAUUGACCAAUUGAAGGGCAGCUUUGCCAGGCUGACACACCAGCUAAAACCACCUUAGGCUAGUUAAAGCAGGAUUUUAUUGUUAAAAAAACCAAACAAAAAAAAAACACUUAUAGUUUAUAUUUGACAACUAUGUUUAAUCCAGUUUUUCAUGUUUGUAAGGAUAUGGUAACAUUGUAAUGCCAUGGUUUUAUCUUCUGAGGACAACACUGUAACCUACGACGAAAACAAAAAAACAAAAAUUUUAAAACAUGAAGGCUCAACGAUGCUGAAGGUGUUCAGCAGACAUACAUGAUGCUCUUUUCCCAUUUCAGGAAUGAGCUCAGAUGUAAACAGCUGCAUUUAUGGCAGAAAGCAUAAUUUUCAAGGGUGUUGGUUUGCGGGCUGUUAAAUGCUUAGUGACAGCCUUCCUCACCAAAUCCUUUGCUUUUUUUUUUUUUUUAAACUCUGGCAUACUCAUAUAGUCAUUUGGGACUUUCUAUGCCACUGCACAGUGAGCGAGUCUCUCCUGGCAGAGUUACACCCUGCCCUGCCUUACAGGCACUAAUCACAGGCUAAAUUUAAUAUGCUAGCCUCUAAAUUUACCACCUGCAAAAAAGACCACUCUGUGUUUCUUGAUGGGUGCUGUGAAGAUAGAGAAGAGAGGUACUUUUUGCUCUAAUUUUUCCUCUUCCUUCCCAGUCUGACCACAUCCUCAGCAUCACCCUCUUUCUUGGAUAUGUAGCGCUGAAAGCAGAGAGCAUAUUGUUUGUCUAGUCUGGAUGCUAUGCUAAAGUUAGCAUUAGCAAGUAGCUAACACACACAGUGCUCCAUUGAGGAACAUGCGAGGAAUGGGGCCGUGUUUGAAACCACAGUCGUUAUUUAGUUAAUAGUUUAGAGAAAGUAUUAUGAGGGAAGUAUAACACACCAAACUAAUCCAACAUAGUGUUCUCAGCAACUCAGGCCUGGUUCGUUGCCUUUACUGCAGAAGUCAACAAAGAUUACAGUGAGGAGUGUUGUUUUGAGAUUUCUAUGAGCUGUGUCUUGUGCUUAUGGCCUGGGGAUGCUUUGUCUUUGUUUUCAUGGUUAACAACUAGAUCAUUCUGAAACCGCUUCUCUAUACAGAGGAGUCUGAUGUUCUUUCUGCCCUUUUUCCCCAUGGGAAUUUAUGUCAGCCACUGUAGCACAUACUGACCAUAUGACCAUGUCAAAUAUAGAACCUGCUUGCAAACUAGCCAGUGAAAAAAAAAUUAUAUUAAUUCACACAUACUCAAAUGUACCCAUAUUUGUUUGAUGUUGAGGUGUACAAGUAAAUUAUAGAGUGAACUUUAUUCUACAGACUCUGGCAGGGCAGACAUUGAUCUUGAACUUACUAAUCCUUCUGUUUAGAUCAUAAUUCUUUCAGCUCUCCUUUAGUGCCAACGUGUAAAGCUCUGGGGCCUCAUUUAUGAAGCAUGCGUAUUAUCAUCCUAAAUGUGAAAGUAUGAUCAUUACCCAUGAUUAAAACUGAAAAUGAGAUGAUAAAUUGAUGAACUGGUCUCUGCCAUCAUUCAAUGCAACAAAAUUUGAACAGUGCUAUUUUGUGUGUGUGAACAUUUCAAUUUAUUUAUUCAUUUAGUCUAUUGUUCAGUUUGCAAUUCUAUCAAUAAAAAGUCUACAGAAAAUUCAGCAAAAAGGUCAUUAUGCAUGCUUUUCACUUGAACAUAAAAGAAUAUUGCCAUGACAGUUUCAGCCUUCCUUGAUCCUAAUUUGUUCCUACGCAGGAUCAAAUCCAUGGACUUUAGGAUUAAAUCUGAAUUUAGGAUUAAAUCUGGUUUUAUAAAUGAGCCCUCUGAUCUUUGCAACUUUGGUGCCAAAAUUUGUUGCAAAAGGAGUUAGUCGAAGCAGAGUAGCACUUGAUGAAUUGUUAUUUUUACAUAAAUUGUAUCUCUAAUACACAAUGAGUGUGAUGUAACCAUGGUUGCGAUCUAAUGUCACUUUAAUGCUAUACGUGCACGCUUGUAGCAGUUUAUGUGUGGGUGCUGUGGUGACAGGGCUUGAUGAUGAUGAUGAUGGGGGCUAAUGGUUGUCAUUCUGCCUCCUUCACCGCCUUAUACAUUCUGACCAAUCACAACAGCCUUCUCAGCUGCCACAGAUUAACCAAUCUCUAAUCAUACAGUAUCACCAAAUAUUGUUCUCUGUUCCCUUCAACCUUCUUUUCUCAUUCAGUUACCUAGUAUCUCGAUGAAAGAGGUGUUUAAAAAAAAUGUUCACUUUAUAGUUUUUGUAUUUUGUUUGUCCUCUCCACCUCUGCAUAUUUUCUUGGACUCUGUUGUUUUAUUCUUUGCAUAAUCUGUUUUGUUACAGCCAAUGCCCUUGUAGAUGUCACUCUUGGUGCUUUGUGAAUGCUUCAUUGUCUUAAUAAUAUUAAUAAAAUAUUGAGUGUAUUCCAUGCAGUAAAUAGA